AAUAACACGCUCCAUUUCUCCUCCCUUAUAAAUCCCCACUCACUUCUCAUUCCCACUUUCUAAUUUUUUCUUCAUUUAAAAAAGCCCUGUUUGGAUCGUUAACAAAGAAAGAGAAAAACCAACCAAAAAAGUUCAAAAUGUUACCGUUGAAAGCAGUGUUGUUAUCAACCGGCGUCCUUUCAACGGCGGUGAUACUAAAACUUUCACUGCCAGUCGUCCUAGACUUCCUCACCUCCGAGCUUCCUCUCUUCUGGUCUUUCGUACUCUCGUGGCUGCAGCCGCCGUAUCUGUACCUCCUCAUCAACUGCAUCAUCAUCACCAUUGUCGCGUCCUCUAAGCUUCAGCUAAGUCUCGAGGCAGAAUCCGUAACUCCGGCGCCGGAUAAAUUCGUUGUGGUGGAGAGAGAAAAUGUGCAUGUGGCUGUGAUGGAGGUGGAUAAGGAGGAGGAUGUGGUGGUGUUUGGUUAUGUGGAUAGUCCGGUUGUUGUUAAGGUGAAUAAAGAUGAUCAUCACGUGGUUUCGCCGCCGUUUAGGAUGGAGACUUGUGUAGGAAAUGGUGAGGUGGUGGACAGAGAAAGGUUUGAUGAUGGUGAUGAGUUUGUGUUAUCUAAGCCGGUGUGGAAUUCGCCGGAGAAAACAACUAAGCCACCGGUGGUUGAGUCAUCGCCGCUGUCUUCGGCGGAGAAACCGCCUUUUUCGGCGAGGUUCGGCCACCGGAGAGCCGUCAAAGCCAGUCCUGAAGGAAAAACAGUGCUGAAAGUAUCACGGCCAAAAAAACAGGAGACACUGGAGUCCACGUGGCGAACCAUAACUGACGGUCGAUCAAUGCCGCUGACACGGCACUUGAAGAAGUCUGACACAUUCACAGGAGUUUCACCGGAGGCGUCUCCGGUGAGAGUGAUGAAGAAGUCGGACACUUUCGGCGGCGGAAGCGGUAAUUCGUCGCCGGCGAGUGCGAGUUCAAGGCUGAGGAGAGAGGCAUCACCGAGUCAAGAUGAGUUGAACCGCCGUGUCGAGGCGUUUAUCAAGAAGUUUAACGAGGAGAUGCGGCUCCAAAGGCAAGACUCGCUUAACCAAUACAAAGAGAUGGUCGGUCGUGUGUCCCGCUAGAAUAAAUUCCCAUUUUACGGAGUACUAUUCUUUGAAAAAAUGUCUGUAAAAAGAUAAAUAAUUAUCUUUUUUUUUUCUCCCUCUGGGGGUGUUGUUUGAAGGGUGGGAGAGUUAGAGAGUUCAAAUGUGAGCUAGUGAAUGCAAUGCUUUCAAUUGCAUUUCUGGUAGGAAAUCAAUUUGGUUGGAACCCUGUAAUUAACUCAAUUUUUGGUUCUUCUAUAGACAAUAUUUUAUUUUAUUUAUC